AUAAAUAAGCGAUUGUUUGUAUAACUUUGUCAAAAUGUGCGAUAUAGUUGAUAGAUGGAAUUAUCUACGCAGUUAAGAUUGUGCUGGAAAUUUAACAGAACUCCAUCACCAUGGUUACCAGAAAUUGUACACAAAUAGCAAGCCUUUUCGGUUUAUAAUCAAUAAUGGCGUUCAAGGAUGUUCGAGAUCUUGCUGAACAAUUGAAGCUGCUAGGCUAUCCAAACAACAUACCCAUCUCUGUCCUCAACACACCAUACGGCGGUCCGGAAAGCUUCAAAGCCUACUCGGAUAUUCUGCAAUGGCUCAUCAAUCGGUUGGAACCGAAUUUGGUGCUGAGCGGCGGAACCCGUACCGAGCAGGAGCGGAUCCAGUUCGUCAGGUCGGCAACCGAGUUUUUGGUUACAAAAUCGAGCAUCAAAAUCAAUCCACGCAAAUUGUACGCCAGCUCGGUGGCUGCCGCCAAGGAGCUGCUAAAGGUAACAACGUUACUGAUCUCCUCGCCCAAAGUAACGGGCCAUGAGGAAGAACUGAUCAAAUCGCAUGUGGAAAUAGAUCUGUCGGAUAAAAUCGAUGACCUCAAGAAGGUUCGUGGUCUUUCGUCGGAGCUUACCAACAGAGGUGCCGCCCUGUACGACUUGCUGAAAAAGGAACUGAUCAAUCGGGAGAUACGCAACGUGCAGUCCACCCGUUCACUGGAGCUGGUAACAACGGAGAAGAUAAUCAAAAAUGCAAUCGCGUCACUUCAAUCCAAGCUUUCCAACUCGAAGGCUGUGCUGGAAAGUUUAAAGGCGGAUAACACUAAUCUAGCGUCCAAGAUUUCACGCAAAGCCUCCGAGCUGGAACGUUCCCGACAGCGGCUGCAAGCACUGCAGAAAGUACGUCCGGCUUAUUUGGAAGAGUUUGAAAAGCUGGAACUCGAGCUGAAGGGUCUCUAUGAGCAGUACAUCGUACGUAUAAGAUGUGUAGAUGCGCUACGAUCGCAGCUGAUCAGUAAAAACCGGACGCCGACACCGACGUCCCCGGUGGCUAGAAUUACCGACAGUAGCAUGACGAUACUGCCGGAAGGGUUGAUAGAGUCGGAGGACGAGAAUGAGGAGGACGAUGAUUUUGACGAGCGUGAUGAUGUGAAGCUGAAGACGGAUCGCCGUAUGUUGCGCAGUGAGCUGCUGAAUCGAGAUCGGGGUUCCACCAGAUUUAGAUCACGCAUCGACGGUGCUUCACCGAGCGGUAAAGAUCGGUCGAAAAUGAUUGGAAGUAUUGAGGAUGAGCUCGGUCCAUUGGACAGCUCGAUGAGCUCGGAAGAGUCGGAAAGUGAACUCGAAAUGGGAGGCAAUCGAUUAAUCGAUGGAAGUUUGCGAACUGAUGAUGAUGAAGAUGAAAGUCUCGCCAAAAUGCCGAGAGAAAGUUCCACCAUUAACCGAGGAGCAAAAGUGGAUCUAAGCGAUGAGGAUUUCUAGAGCGACGAGCUCGAAUAUAUUUCGUGUUUUAUUUCCUCUG